AUGCCGUUUCUUCGCAGACGCGGUGUCAUGGCCAGCGAGUCUGAUAUGCGCCGACACACAUUGUUCCCUGCCGCUCAUUCAACCUCGAAACAGGCUCCCAGGGCCGAUCCCGUCCUCGCCGAAGACGACCCACGAGCAGACUCUCUCGACGAAGCUCCCGCUCCUCAGGUCCCCGCGCCUCCCGUCACACCUCCCAAUGACAGCCCAUCCUCUAGCCAUGUCGCCAUGUCUAUGGACGACCCCAUCAGCCGGCCCGAGUCGCCGCCAAUACAGGAGGAAACACCCAAACAUCGCCGCUUCUCCAUGCUGAGGUUUCGCAACGCAUCGGAUUCGCAAUUAGCUACCAGGGCCAAGCAGCUGGCUCAAGCUGAAAAGCCUCCGCCACUUCCCCAGCGUAUGUUCCCUGUCCUAUGGCACAACCUGUAUAUUCCGCUAACGAUUCUGACCCUCUCCCUAGCUCCCGAGAUCAUUACCACGGCCCCAACCUUGGACUUCAUGCCUCAGAAGAAGCAGUCCUUCCUUAAACUAUCCACGCGAAUGCGAAAGUCUGGCGAGUUACCCAGGGACGAGAGCGAGGGGUACAGCAGCCUGAGGCUGUCGAAGAAGGAUAGGAGGAGGACAUUGGCAAACCAGCCCGGUUUGUUCAAUGGGAAGCAGUCAGUCUCGUUCGAGGAGCCCGAUCGUGGUGAGCAUGGCGAAGGAAGUGUUCCAACCUUGGCCGUACCGAAUCAUCGACUGUCUGAGUCUUCCCGGUCAGAGGCAAGUUGGGGCGACCAUAGCACGCACAGCGGUCUGACCUCAGCUGCAUCAUCCUUCUUUCGACUCCCGCGACGGAAACAGAAGCACGAGCCGUUGUUCCCGAUAUCUCAUUUGCAAAAGGAGAAGAGCAUAGCAUCCGCAGACCCUGCUGCUUCCACCCCAUCUCUGGCCCCUGAAAGCCCACACUCGGUUAGGGCCAGUACGUCAUCCAGGAUAUCGGGCUUCGGAAACCAUGAAACGCCAACUCAGGCACGCCCAUCUACAGGCAAGGAUCGACCGCACCCGUCGCCCGCUCGAGCACUCUUCCAAAAGUCCAAUGCCUCACCAGCUACAGCCUUGUUCCGACCAAGCUCGAGAAACUCGGGCACAUCUUCCCCGACACGAGCACCCCCUCAUCUCCGAGGGAGGUCGUCGACAAUGAGCUCGCUCGGACGUGAGUCCCUCGACGACCGCUUGGCUCCCCCCACCACUCGCACAUCCUCCUCGACUGGCAGGAAGAGCUUUGGUGAUUUACUAGGUUUGAGCAGGUUGAGACAAAACUCGGAUCUGGGCUCGGGUCGGCAUGGAUCCUUGACGCCAGCCACGCCGGGAUCAAACACUUCCAAGAACAAUUCAUUGCAGCUCCCCAGGGAUUCGGUCGUACUCCCCGAGCGCAGGGACGACGACACUCCUGCCAAGUAUCUAGCUCGGCUUGAGGAAGUCAUCAGCAGAAGUCUGAUAGCCAGUGUUCUGUCAAAAGCAACUGAUACCUUCUCCCAGUCGGUACUUCGAAGCUACAUGAGGACAUUCAGUUUCUUCGGAGACCCUAUGGAUAUGGCAAUCCGGAAGCUUCUCAUGGAAGCGGAACUACCCAAAGAAACCCAGCAGAUUGACCGUUGUCUACAGUCUUUUGCAAACCGUUACCACGAAUGCAACCCUGGCAUCUACUCAUCGCCAGACCAAGCGUAUUUCAUUGCAUUUUCCCUCCUCAUCCUGCACACCGAUGUUUUCAACAAGAACAACAAGUACAAGAUGCAAAAGGCGGACUAUCUCAAGAACACCCGUGGCGAAGGAAUAUUUGAUGAGAUCCUUGAGGUCUUCUAUGACAAUAUCACUUAUACCCCAUUCAUCCACGUCGAGGACGAUAUCGACAUCACUGGUGAACGGUCUGGGGCGAACAAGUCCAAAAAGAAGUCGAUCUUUCAGAACGGCACACCCGACGUCAAGAAGGCCGCGAAGGAACCAAUAGAUCCUUACACAUUGAUUAUCGACAACAAGCUCGAUAUUCUGCGGCCCAACCUCAAGGAGGUCAUGUAUCUCGACGACCCUUACGGCUAUCUAGGCACGGCCAAAAGCUUGAACCUCAAGGAACUGCAAAAGACUUUCUUCAGAACUGGUGUUCUCCAGAUCGUCUCGGCCCGGUCUCGACCAGACGCCUUCAUGACAGAAAAAACAGUGACCAACCCAGAGGAAGCACAUCCUGGCAUAGUUGACAUCAAAGUCACAAAGGUCGGCCUUCUCUGGCGGAAGGAUGCUAAGAAGAAGAAGACCAGGUCGCCCUGGCAAGAAUGGGGCGCGGUUCUCACUGGAGCGCAGCUCUACUUCUUCCGCAACACGGCCUGGAUCAAGAAUCUCAUGCACCAGUACGAUCAACACAUCAAGCAUGAAAACGAUGGAGUUCCUGUCAUAUUCAAGCCGCCGCUGGACAACUUCAAGCCAGAUGCGCUCAUGUCGACAGAUGGCGCAGUUGCUCUGAUGGAUUCAACGUACAAGAAGCACAAAAACGCCUUUUUGUAUGUCAGGCAUGGCGGCUUCGAGGAGGUGUUGCUCGCAGACAAUGAGGAGGAGAUGAACGACUGGCUUGCCAAGCUCAAUUAUGCUGCUGCCUUCAGGACGUCCGGCGUCCGGAUGCGAGGUGUAGUUGGCGGCAACUACGAAGGCCAAAACCGUAGGGCUUUGAGACGACUCGAUGCCGACGCUAACACCCAGUCGGUCCAGACACCGACGGGCGAAGUCACCAUCACAAGAAGUCGGAUUGAUCAAAAGAUGGCUCAGGACAUCCUGACAGCUCGCCGAGAUGCCAUGGUGCAGAAAGUCACCGAGGCAAAUGAGAAACUGGUUCAAGAGGAGAAGAAAUUGGAAGAACAGCUUAGGAAUGCACGACACCUGCAGAUCCUCGCACCAGUUCAGCCCAAGACCCGGGAGCAGAUGCUACUCUCAGCCGCUCGUAUGGCGACGCAGUUGAAGUGGACCCGGAUGGAGAGCUGGAAGAUCAAGUGCCACCGAGAUAUCCUGAUCUUGGAUCUGGAGGAGGAACAGCAGCUGAUGGGUCUACCGCCGCUGAAUAUCCUCGGCAGUACGUCGCCGGAGAAGGCGCCAGCCAUGCCGCGGGAUGAUUCAAAGACCAGCACCAUCGAGCAACCAGCCGCCCAGUCUCCCCCAAGCACCGCUCUGCAGCGCACUUCCACGGCUGGGGCCCAGUCGGAGAACGACUCUCCGCUCUCGGAUGUGUUCCAGACGCCACCUACAAGUGCGACUGCGCAGGCUUUUCACCGCCACAAGCCAUCCUGGGAGUCGACUUCGAUGGGAUUGCCUCAGGAGAGCAUCAGAAAGUCCUCAGUCUCGAGUGUUGUUUCCUCUGCCGGGCGAUCGAUUACUGCCACACCCCCGCGCAAGAUUGCAAGUGCCGGAUCAGCGUCGGACAAAGCUCGCCUUGAGAAGCAGAGAGCGGAUGAUGAAGAGGACGCAGAUGAGCGUGAUUUCCUGGCGCAGGCAGGACUUCUUGAAGCAUCGCCGUCUCGGAGGAGAGUCAAGAAGAUGUCGUCAUCGAUCAUUGAAGAUGGCGACGCGCCCGAAUCCCAUGCAAGUGGUGGAUCAGCAGAGAAGCUUGAUCGCAGCAAGAUCCGCCGUAGCCUUCAGCGUACGCUGCGGGAGGGUGCCGGCCAUCUGUCCCACCAUAGAAGUCGCAGGAACCGAGACAGCGCCACAGCUGGUGCUUCUGAGGAAUCUGCCCCCGAGACCAGCAUGCUCACUCGCGGUUCUGGCUCGUUCGUCGUCCACGGCAAGAAGGCAUCCGUUAUCAACUUUGGUGGCGAUCUACAUGGAGGCCUGUCCCCGGACGAGCGCCUGAGGCAGCGAAAGUCUCAACAGGGAGUUCCGCAAGCGCAAGAUGCAACUGCCACUACAGCCACUGCGGCUUCGACAUCACCAGCCCUGACAGAGAGCAGCACGAUGGGCGACUUCCACGCAGCCCUGAAGUCUCAUCGGGACCGCCCACGGCGCGAGUCCGCAGCGAGCGCCAGCACAGCCACGGCGCGCAGCUUCCAGGAGCUACAUAGGAAGUACUCGUCGGCGCAACAGGCGGCCAAGGCCGGCAGCUCGAGCGGGGGCCUCGUGGUGCCGUCAGACGACGAUAGCGACGCCGCCAUCAGCUUUUCCGACGGGCGGAGGACGCCGCUGCCGCCGAUCGAGCCCGCCGAGGAGGGGGAACUGCGGCUGCCGACCAUCAUUGCCGAGAGACGGCUGGACGACAAUGACGACGAAGACACAAAUGAUGACGACGACGACGAUGACGAUAACAGCAGCGACGACGACAGCGACGACGACUUCCGUAGCCCGCUCGCCAGCGCGGGCCUGCGGGCCCAAUUCUUCACGCCGGAACCGCCCGCGACGCCGGAGCCUGUCACGGCGAAGAAGGUCCGGGACGGCGACAGCGAUAGCGAUGACGGCGGCGCGGACGAAGACGACCCGCGAGCUGAUGGUGCCGGCCGAGAAAGAGGGAAGCAGCUGGCCAACCCGCCGCCGCAGCUUGCUGUCAGCUGA